AUGUUCUCUGCUCUAUUUUCAAAACUAAACGACUGCGGUUUUUGUGUCAGCUGGACAGAGAGUUUCAACAGAUCCUUGGAAAAUUGCUCGUCAACCCAGGAAAAGAUACGUCUGUUGACUACUAUUCCGCUGAAUUCACUAUCAAGAAGUGAUAUGCUUAUCAGAUUUCCUUCUGUUACCAAAUAUAUGAUCAGAGAGGCAAAGAAAGUAGUGAAGGAGAAAGGAGUAUAUUACAAUCCAGAUCCUUACUGCGGCCAUCCUAUUGAUCAAACAUCGAUAAAUAUUGCUCAAGAAUACUACUUGAAUGAUGACUUGGACUGUUCUCGACAAAGUCCCAAUAAAAACGAUGUCAAAAAAAUCGUAGAAAAUGGGGCAGAAAUGAAAAAAGUGAAGCGUUUCAUGACAAGAAGUAUUAAAGAAACUUAUCAGAUAUUCAAAUAA